GUUGACUGAAAGUUUUUGCGGAAACCUUUUAUAAUUUUAUUUUUCUUCGCAAUUCCAUCGAAUCUUGUUUAUUGUCGACCUUGAAGAUAUAAUAGCCGGAGAUUUUACGCAUUUAUAUGAGAUUCUAAGGCUCAUUGCGAAUAUGGAAAACAAAGAUGUUUUCAGGAUGUAAAGAAUCUUUAACGAGACCGCAGACAAUUGUCGAAGAAAUCGGAACCGAUUCAUCACAGUCACAUGAAUCCUUUUAUUUGCAAGUUAAACAAUUGAGAUAUACAGUAUAGUAAAGAUUUUGUACAGAUCAGUCGCUUUAGAAUUGGAACCACGAAGUGGAACCGUAACAACCGCGAUACAAAUCUAAGGCAAAAAGAAGGUGAAAGAGCUAUUGAAAAAGUAUGAGAAAGAAGUACAAAUAAACACGCUUGAACGAACAUCAGCCAACUAUAACGUCUCAUACAAACAGAAGCGCCACAAUUACCGUGACAUUGGCUACUGCUGUGAAAACUGUUUACGUAUAUCAAGCCAGUAUUGGUAUUAGGACACUUCACGAAUUCACGUCACGAUUCGAAGAAUCGUGACACGAAGAAUCACUGACCUCAGGAAGAGGCACGUUCCUCUCUUAUUUUUAGUUCCGGAUUCAAUGAUAAAUUGUGAUUUGUAUCAAAAGAUUCACACACCGUAUGUAUCUGCUGAGUCAGGAUAAUGCCGUCUAUGUCAAAAUUUCUAAAUUUCUUUUCCAUAAGAUAUCAUGAAAAUAACUUCGAGUCAACUUGAGGAGCAUUACGUGCAUGUGCUACAAAGUGCAAUUUAAAGGGUGCAAGCUCGAAGACGUGACUGUAGCGACAUUUGCGAAGUAUCGAUCGACCUGCAUCUUGAAGAGGAUGCUCCCUUCGGUCUUGUAGGAGCGAAAUUCUCGUUGUAGUCACGUGGAAAGCAACGAUAGACGCAGCGAGGAGAGAAACGAGGAGAGAGAUAUUUUCCAACGAGGGACAUCACGUCGCCGUCAUGGAAAAUCGAUUCGCCGCCACCGACCACCCCGCCACAACCACCCGCCGCAGUGCAAUGACCUCCAAACCGGGAAGAUCCUAUAGCGUGAGGUCUCCGCGAAUCGGAGGUCCUCUUUCGCAAUCGCUGGCUAUGAUCCCUCCAACCAUGCACGGGCAUGAGUUCAAUCAACCCUUGUCGAGGGUGGUCAUGGUCCGUAAAACGGAUCAAAGGACAUUUAGUAAAGGAAGACGAGGUGGUGAACCACUUCUGGAAACUGUUACCAGGGAAACUGUCGAACUCUUUAACGGCGGUCGAGCCGAAAGGAAGUAUACCUCCGAAACAAGGGAUAUCGUUACACCAAAGUCUAGCAGUAUGCCAUCGCUCAACGUGCACGGAACGAAAAAGAAGGUGGUCGGUUUUGUCGAUCAAGUGUCGCCCGACAGGUCGAGGACAGAUUCAGUAAGAUCGAAGUCUCCGUUGACAGCGUCGCCAGCAUCGCCGGGUCCUUUGUCGAAUUCCUUGCAUGGUAGUUUCCAUGGCAGUCUAGGAAGUGAUGGCAUGUCUUGUAGCAGUGCUAGGUCCUCUUCAGCAUCUCCCGAUUCUGCGAGAUAUUCGUCCUCACAGAUAACAAAGAUUGACACACGUAAACCGUCUGUACGCAGAUCGGGACCUCCGAAGGAAUUUAUUAACGUCUGCCUCGACACGCAUAAUUUCUACCGAUCGCGGCAUGGAGUACCGCCGUUACGACUAAGCAAGCAGCUGUGCAAGACAAGUCAAGACUGGGCUAAUAUAUUGGCCGCUAAAGGUAGAUUAGAACAUAGAGCGAAUAUUGACUACGGAGAGAAUCUCUAUUGUAUGUGGAGCUCCAAUCCAAAGACAGUUGUUGGUGGCGAAGAGCCGGUGAAUGAAUGGUAUGCUGAAGAAACUCAGCAUCAAUAUGGAAAAGAGCCUACAACAUUGAAGACUGGUCACUUCACACAAGUGAUCUGGAGGGACAGUACUGAGUUAGGGGUGGGAAUGGCUAGAAAUCGAAAUGGUGAAGUCUAUGUUGUGUGUAAUUACAAUCCUGCUGGGAAUUUCUUAGGCAGUUUCACGGAGAAUGUCCUUCCACCCGUGGACGCAGGUCCUACGAAACGAAUUAAUUUUACCGACCUAAAACAACAUUAUAUAGACGAGCAAAUGUGGCAGCAAGAGGCCUUACUGGUUCACAAUGAAUAUCGAAGAAAGCAUCGUGUACCGGAUUUAAGAUUAAGUCCGGAAUUAACAGCAGCUGCCAAGGCCUGGGCAAACACGUUGCUAAACACAAAUAAACUUGUACCUCAAUCGUCAUCUCCGUAUGGCGAAAAUAUUUAUUCAAUGCAGUGUUCUGAUCCUAAACUGAUCGUUUCCGCACGUGAAGUCAUUUCAAAGUGGUAUUCCGAGAAGAAAGAACAUAAAUUUGGUAUCGAGCCAAAAGUUCUUAACACAUGCCAUUUUACGCAAAUUGUCUGGAAAAAUACGACUGAAAUGGGUAUUGCAAUGGCCAAACGAGAUGGUUCAUGUGUUGUAGUGGCAUGUUACCAUCCAAGAGGUAAUAUAGUAGGACAGUUCACUGAAAAUGUACUGAAGCCUAUAAAAAGUGUCUGUUAGCUGGACUCAUUUCUGUCGAUAAUGUAUUUAAACCUUGUAUUUAUGUAUUGUGCAGAUGAACGAUGUUACGCAUAAUAUAUAUAUGUAAUGUAUAUAGGAUACUUGUGCAUAAAUACCUAUAAUAAACAUUCCACA